UCCUCCUCCUCCUCCUCUUCUUCCUCGGGCCUCUCCAUCUUCUUCUCCAUCGCAGGCGGGCAGGAUGGCCGAACUUGGCGCGGCGCUGCUCCUUUUCCUGCUGCUCCCGCGGGCCGGGCUGGCGGCCCUCGCCGCCGCUUCUCCUCCUCCUCCUUCUUCAUCUUCAUCCCCUUCUCCUCCUCCUCCUCCGCCGCCUCCUUCGUCUUCUCCUCCGCCGGGAGACGGCGACCCCUUCUCGGCUCAGCUGGGCGACAUCUCGGCUUGCCAAGCGCGUUGCGCGCCCAGCCUCCGGCUCCAGACCCCCGGCGCCAAGGAUGCUGUCCUCAACGCAUGCUACCGGGGCUGCCGCCUGUUUUCCAUUUGUCAUUUUGUGGACGCCACGGCCGACCUGAACGCAACGAGAGUCGAGUGCGAAUCGGCCUGCAUGGAAGCCUACGCUGGCGGCGACGAGCAGUUUGGCUGCACGACGGGAUGCAGGACUCAGCUGCCGGAGACAGACAGCAGGGGAGAAAAGGUUCUGGACCCGAAGCCCCCCUCGUUCUCCGUCUUUGACCUGGUCUCCAGCUUCUGCAACGAUAUUGUCAGCUCAGCGCAGAGUUUCAUUUCCUCCACGUGGACCUUCUACCUUCAGGCGGAUGACGGGAAAGUCGUCGUUUUCCAGUCGCAGCCAGAGAUCGAGUAUCCGCUUCCAGACGUCCAGGUGCCCAAAUCGGAAGUUUUGGAGAAGGCGUGGGCGCCAUCGACCUCCAACACUUUGAAGCCCCACGCAGGCCUUCGUGAGAAACCGGAGAAGCCCCCCGCGGAAGAGCCAAAAGCCAGAGCGAAAUCGUCACCCCCAGCGGAGACCCAGGCGCCCCCAGAACACGACUUUCUGGGCUGCAUGUCCAACCAGUUCGAAGCGCCCGCCCCCUCCAUGGCCGGCCAUAAUGUCGUCGUCUCUCUCUGGCGGGGGGCCUCUGGGUGUUACAGACGUUCGGGCCUGCCGCGAUGGAUCCUGGCCGCUUGCCUCUUCCUCUCCAUCAUGGUGAUGCUGUGGCUCAGUUGCGCCAGCUUGGUGACAGCUCCAGAGCAACACGUCAAGACCCAGCCACUGAGUAUCAACGGGGACAAAGAAUUCCUGGAAGACCUGGAUAGCUCUGUGCCGUAUUACCUCCGCCCCGUAAUCGCCGUCGCCAUCUGCCCGGCCGAGAACGAAGAAGCGGCGCUCCUGCCCGUCAAAGUGGAUUUGGACAAGACCGCCCUCUAAGGACGCCCCCCUGCCCCGUUUUCCCACCUUUGCAACCCCUCCACCGCCAACCUCUCCUU